AUGGCGUUGCCACCAAAGAUUCUGAUCGUGGGAGGUGGUGUAUUUGGCCUAUCCACGGCCUUAUCUCUAAGCAAGCGCCACCCAAACUCCCAGAUAACCCUAAUUGAAAGUGCGCCGACAAUUCCCAACCCACAUGGCUCUUCAGUCGAUACCAGCCGCAUCGUGCGAGCAGACUACGCACACAGCGCCUACUCCAAGCUAGCCGCCUCCGCCAUCCAGAAAUGGCGCAGCACAUCCUGGGGCGCAGAGGGUCGGUAUACGCAGACCGGCCUGCUACUAGUGUACCCGGGCAACAGCGCCAGCGCAAAGAAGUACGCGGAGAAGAGCUACGCGAACGUGCGCGCGAUCGAAGGCGACAACGUCGUCUACUUGCCGACGAAGAAGGACGUUCUGAGCAUCGUCCCGCCAUACGGAGAGACGCUGGAUGUGGCCGGGGGCUACGUGAACUGGGGUUCCGGGUGGAGUGAUGCCGGCGCGAGUGUGGCGUUCAUCAAGGGCGUGCUGGACAGGGAGACGAAGGUGGUGUUUAAGCAUGGCGAAGUCAAGCGGGUGCUGUUCGGUCCUUCGACUCUAGCUGGCUCUGCGUCGUCGAAGGAGCAAAAGCAGCGCGCCACGGGCGUGGAGAUGGUGGAUGGAGAAAUCGUGAACGCUGACCUGGUUGUUCUGGCCACGGGCGCCUGGACGCCCCGGCUGGUGGACCUGCGUGGCAAGGCCGUCGCGACGGGGCAGGCUAUUGCGUAUAUCAAGAUUAGCGAUGCGGAGCAGCGUGAGCUCGAGAAUUUGCCGACGAUCCUGAACUUUGCGACGGGGAUUUUCAUUAUUCCGCCGCGGGAUAAUUUGCUCAAGAUUGCGCGGCAUGCGUAUGGGUAUCGGAAUCCCACGACGGUGCCGGUGCCUGGGGCGCGGGAUGGCGAGACGAUGCAGGUUAGUUUGCCUGAGACGGGGGGACCGGUGCCGUUGGAAGGAGAGGAGGCGUUCCGUGUUGCGCUGAGACAACUUUUGCCGCGCUUUGUGGAUCGGCCGUUUGUUGAUACGAGGAUUUGUUGGUAUACUGAUACCCCGGAUGGAGACUUUAUUGUUUCGUACCACCCCGAGUACGAGGGCUUGUUCCUGGCUACAGGUGGCAGUGGACAUGCUUACAAGUUUUUCCCUGUUCUUGGAGACAAGGUUGUUGAUGCAUUGGAGGGUAAGCUGGAGCCUGAAUUGCAAGCGCUGUGGGAAUGGACCGAGGUAGUACCUCCGGCGUCUGCCUCUGAGGAUCUGUUUGAUGGUGAUGGGAGCCGGUCAGGCGAACGAAACUCGAUUCUGAAGGAUGAGUUGGCGAAGACCAAGAAAGCUGGCAGAAGCAGUGCUUUAUAA